AUGUCGAGAGGUAUGCUACAGGCUUAUUACCGCGAGUUACAAGAGGAGAUUUUAGUGGACGACGAAUGGGAAUUCACAGAAGAGGAUGAUUCUGCCUUCAUUCCUGUUAUUCCACUGCCAGUAGAAAGGAGUGCUUCAAGCGACUCGAUCUCGUCAACACAAUCAUCCAUCUACUCCGGUCUGGAAGACCUGAGUGAUAUGAUGUGCAAUAUGCCGGAACAUGGCAACGCCGCCCAACCCCUUUCAGCUAUGUCUGUUGGUUCAUCUGAUUCAGCGGAAUCCCCUUCGCCUUCGAGCAGUUGGUCAUCUGUCCUAGGUAAACGAAAAAACGAGGAACCUCCUGACAAUUCUUUGUCUUCACGCAAGAGUGCAAGAAUCAGCGAUGCCAAUAUCAAAAUCCAUUCAAUCGCUCACGAUCGAAAUCUGCAAGCUUAUUUUGACAAUAAAAACAUACCCUUUGGGGUACAGUGGCUGAUCGCCAAAAUGGUCAGUUACGAUGUUCUUGCCUACGGGGACAUCAAUAUUCCCGACUUGGAUAAGCUCCGUGGCACAAAUCAAGAAGCUACCCCACGUGUGGCUCAGGUGUUUGCAGGCCAGAAUUCCAAGGGUGAAGCAGAAGAAGGAUUUUUCGUUAAGGAAAAGGCAGUUUUGUCGCCUUGGAAAGAGCUUGACCGAGAGCACGAACUCGCUCUUGCAAUGGGUAAAGGUUUCGAUGGGUUCCAGCGACAGGCUGAUGGUUGGUAUGGAGGGAAAGUGCAUUUUGGUGCAACUUUGAAGGCUAUUGAUAAGACUGCAACACCUGAAUACCGCAUUCAGCUCAAUCCGCCAGAGCUUGGGUCCUCGUCGAGACUGACCCGACAGUAUGGUUCCAAGAAUUUCUUACGCGUGAAGGUGCCGAAGAAUAUUCUAAACAGGCCUCAGCAUGGCCUAGUGGAGUUUUUUUCGCAACACUUUCUCCUCUGUGGUCUGGUUUAUCGGGCAUUUUAUGCGAGAGAUGGAAGUAUUUUUCUCGUGGCAACUAAUUCUUCGACGGAUUGUGGCCGACUUCCUUCUCAUGCUCACCCUCCUCCACCAUCUCUGGAGGAUUACCUUGACUGGCAUAACCCUGUACAUUAUAAUACGGCUCAGCUAUUAUUAUUGUUAUUGAUUAUGGUGAAGACUGACUUCUGCGCCAAAGACCCGGGGGGUCCGGACAUGACAGAUGGCUGCGGGUAUAUCAACAAAGUUGCUAUGAAAGCGUUACGUGAGCUCUUGCAAUGGGACACAACACCGACGGCAAUACAAUGUAGGAUCGCUGGCGCCAAGGGACUCCUAAUCCUACACCCUGAUUCAUCAGAAAAUUGUUCCGACGUCCCUCGGGUUUGGUUACGCGACUCACAAAUCAAAGUCGAGUAUCCUCAAACUCAAAAACUAUCACUUGGUCAUUUAACAAUUGAUGUGCUACGGUCGUCUCACAUGCGCUCUCCCUCCCGCCUUGGUGCUGAGACCAUAGUGAAUUUUGCCGAAAAUGGUGUUCCCCACUCAGUAUUUAUUGAUCUGAUGAAGGAAGGUUUAGAUGCUAUUGUCAACAGCUUGCUUGACUGGGAUGGACCAGAUGCUAUGUAUCGCCUAUGGCAAAGUGUCGCCAGAACUGGUUCCGUGGUUGGAGCCAGAUUAGCUCGUGAAACUGGAGGAGAGGCACGAUCAAGAGGUUUCGCCGUCAAAGACGACGAUAUUGAAGAUGAUGACGAAGACGAUCUGAAUGCGGUCAUCGAAAUUCCUCGCUCAAUCGCUUGGUGGGGUGAUGAGGUCUCGGGUUGCCCUUCUUCUCUUGAAGAGACGGUAAUGGUCAUGCUUGACUCUGGUUUCACUCCUCGCGAUUGCCCAGUCCUCGCUGAUAAGCUUCGCCAUGUUCUCAAGACGAUGGUUGACAACUUUGUGCAACGAUAUAAAAUCGAGGUGCCCAUGUCUUGUAUAGGAUGGAUUGUACCAGACCCUUCUGGAACAUUGGCUCCUGACGAAGUGCAAAUUCUCUCGAAGGAUUCGAAAUUUCUCUGUCCUGAUGGAACAGAGUCAAACGUUGUGUUGGGUGAUGUCCUGCUCACACGACAUCCUUGUAAACUGCCGACAGAUUCUCAGAAGGUCAGAGCUGUUGAAAAACCAGAGCUCAGGCGCUACACCGACGUGAUAGUGUGUUCUGUGCAGGGAACUCGCCGGUUUGCGGACCUUCUUGCUGGAGGCGAUUACGAUGGGGACAAGGCAAUUGCUAUUUGGCAGCCAUCCAUAGUGUCGCACUUCAAAAAUGCUGACCUCAAAUACUCUCAUCCGCCUGACGAUCUCUCAGAGAAUUUCCAUAAAAACACCUUACGAUCAUUUUUGUUAGGAGGAUUGCGCGACAUAUCGUCAGUCGGAAAGUACUCAAACUUACACGACGUGGCGGUGUACACCCUUGGAUACGCACAUAAAGAAACCAUUCGCCUGGCUUACAUGUUUUGCAAUAUUCUCGAUGGAGCGAAAAGUGGAUUAACCGUUUUACCGGAGGUCAUGAAGAGCGAUACAAAGCUCUACCACAAGCGCUCUCCAGAGUGGAAAGAAUGUGGAGAGGUAAUACCGGAAACCAACGAAAUCAACGCGCAGCGUCCCAGAGGCAUGGCAGAAUUUGUUAUGGAUGCGAUUAUGAGUCAUGCUCGGAACCACCGGGACUUGAAACUGCAACAGGUCGACAGCGCUUUUUCCAAACACCACUGUCACAGAGAUUCCUCUCUCGAGAAGCCGUGGCAGGAUGCCCAGUCAAGGGUGCGGCGUGUGAAGGACAGCAAUGAGCACGCUGCUUUGACAAUGGAAAUGGAACUCUCCAAGAUACGCGAACACGUCGAAAAGAUGCGUGAAGAGCACAGGAAGAAUGUCCGUCGUAGUUUCACUGGCCUUAAAAUUGAACGGCGACAGGAUGUUCUUCGCUCCCUCGCUCGUGAUUUCUCUGCUGCCCCUGACGUUUCAUCGUUUCUUUUCUUCUCAUCGGAGGAGGUGGCAAGGCUCAAGGCUUCCUACGCAUAUGUCCAAGAAAGCCAAAACACCGCUGGCCAAUUCCCCUGGGACGUUGCUAUGCGAGAGCUUGGGAUGAUCAAAGCGAGGAGCCUUGGUCCGUCGAAAACAGUCGCGCUCGGUUUCUAUGAGAGAUUUGUAUUGACGCGAGCAGCCUUUAAUUGA